GAAAGACCUGUUUUGGCUGCAUGCUGUUCACUGACAUACCACACGUUCUUAACUGUAGUGUAUGCUAAUAUGAUAAUAGUGCAAUGGCUUACAGUUUGUUUAAUUAUUGUGAUAGGCUCAUGUUUUAUGGGUACGGCGUACCCCCACUAUUUAUUUUACCAGUACUCCAUACCGGACCGUUCCGGCUUACUUUCACCCCUGGGAAUUACUUUAGCUUCCCUGCACGCCAGUAGACACACACUCAUUUAGACUUUAGUUAAAAAUAUUGCAAAUAGGCGUGGCAAUACAUUGAGUCUGCUCAAUACAAACUAUUGAGUCUGCUACCAUUCUCAAUAGUUUGUCAUCAAGGUUGUCUGUACCUGGUGCCCUAUCAUCAUUGAUGAUAACAAUUGUUUUCCCACCUUUCCCACACUAACUUGACCAAAUUCAAAACAGCAAUCCUUGUCUUUCAUUGUUAGAUAUUUUAUACAAAAAAUAUUAUGGUUCCCAGUUCAAUGUUGUCAUUUCACUUCUGGUAGCUAAACUAUGUAGCUAAACUUGGUACACACACUCGACCGGUGACCGUAUUUCAAGCCGUGUAUGUUUGGGUACCGGACGCACGCAAUCACCGUACAGAGCAGACUGGGGGGGGAAAGGCACAACCCAGCUUCAUACAGGGCAGACCAACAGACGGGGUAGGGGUGGCGAACUUGACGUCACAAUGACUUGGGGGCAGUGGGAUCAGAACAACAACCAUAAAAACUGUACCAAAAAAAUAUAUAUUUUAUACCACCACCCAAAAGGGCUCUUGGCGAGUAGGAGGGAAAAGGGGCAGGUGCUCGGGCAGAGGUAGACCCCCAUCUGUGAACGAACCUAGAUGCUAUACCACCCCACCUCCAAAUCAAAACUAAACAUGGAUUCCAUGUUGUUUUUCCUUUGUGAGCACACCUGUCUGUGUUUCACACCUGUUUGUCCUAGCUAAUCAGCCUGGCAAUACGGGCACCAUGCUACUGCAGACAGGUUGUAGAACGAAGCGUGUUUUCACAUCCUGCGCAAACAUUGAUAGUAUCCAUGUUUGGUUUUGAAUUGGAGGUGGGAUGUUCACGUCUAAUAAUUGGAUUGAAUUAUUUCCUGGGCACCAAUCUGGGAUGCAAAGGGAAGGGAUCACUGCCAUUGCCUCACUUUCCAACCAAAGUGCAUGAAUUAAGUAGGAAACUGAGGUAGAGAGGAUAUUCGGCAACACUUGAAGGACAAUGGAAUUACAUUUGAAAAAGCGUCGUUAUUGCUAAAAGUAGAACCAACGCAUUUGUGCUUUUGGCCUUUUUCAGGGUUUUACAGAAGUAAAACAGAAUGAGGCUUUUAUACAGAUGUGAAUAAAAGCCAUGACGUGAUUGAUAAAUCAGUUGUAGAAUGACCAACAAAUAGAUUCUGAGUACAUGUUGCGCUGACCAAUGGAAUAUGUAAACACCAAAAUAACAAUAUGAUAGGUCUAGUUGUGGCCACAACCGGACUAGAUUGUGAACAACUCUUUUCGGAAUGCAUUGCUUGACUGCCGCUAGUGCGAUAAAGCACACUAUAUUUUGCGGACUGCAGCACCCGUGACGAUUCACUCUCGCGUUCGAGUUGGUUGAGGAAAGGCUGUGUAUGUUUUGGUUUAACAAAGCUUUGUCCAUCAUAACAUUCAAUGAUCAAUUAAUUGCAUGAAUUAUUGCACCCUGCGAACAAUUAUCAGUUCAAAACAUGUAUUUUUUAUUUAUUAUUUAUGCUGCCUGCAGCACGAUCUAUUUUGCCAGCGCGCAUAUAUUCCAUACAGUUGUUGGUGUAAGCACGUCACUAGAGGAGCGCAAGGCAUUAAUCCUGCUGUAGAGUUCAUUGCCCAGCAGGUCAAACGAACGACUCAAAUGAACGAUUUACUCAGAAAAACGAAUCAUCACUCUCGAGUAUGUAAAAAAAGAGUCGUCCCAAAAAUAAGGAAUAAUUUGCGAACUGCACAUCACUACAUUGGCCGGGGCACCUGGCUCUGGCUCACAGCCGGGAGGCCUCCCAUCGGUGUAACCUGGGCCAGAUAAUCAAAUCCCCUCAUAGGUAAAACAGACAAUAUUACAACCUGACAAUGUAAAUAGGCACCCAUGAUAAAUAAUUGAAAAAAUAGUAACUUACUAAAAUAAAUCCUUUAUAAUCAAUUCCUCAUACCACUCGGCGACGCAUACAAGGCAUUCCUUAUCAGAACCGUUCACUGACAAUGGAAGUACCGAUUGAGCGUCGUCAAACAUGCACAGAUACAGGCUCCCUGCCUCUCUCUCUUGCUGUCGCUGAAGAGGAGGAUCCACCUGAGCAGCAGCACUGUGAGCAGGAGUGGAGCCCCAGUCUGGUGCAGGAGGACCCAAAGCCCACACAGAUUAUAGAGGAAGAGCCGAUUCAAGGGCUGGAGCCUGAUAUCAUAGAGUUCAAAUUCACUCCUUCCUGUGUGAAAAGUGAAUGUGAUCAGGAGGACCCACUUUGGUCCUUGACUCUUCCUAAAACCCAGAUUGUGGAGCACGUAGAUAUUGACUCUAAACGAGUGGAUCCUGAACCUUUUGCCACUGUGACCCACCUGAAGGGUUUCGACAUUUCCUGUGACCCUCCAGAUGAUCAAAACAAUGCCUCUAUCCACAGCUCAGCCAUAAGCAGCAACCCAGUAGGACUUGACAGCAGCCCACCAUUGGAUCCCAGCCCAACAUUGGCUCCGACCCCACCAAUGGGGAAACCCUGCAACUACCCCUUUUAUGGCAAGACAUUCAAACAAAAAGGAAAUCUGUCCAUGCACAUGCGUAUUCACACAGGAGAGAUGCCAUUUAGCUGUGGUGACUGUGGGAAGUGCUUCAUUCAGAAGGGUGACUUAAGAAGACAUAUACUUACUCACACAGGAGAGAAACCAUUUAGCUGUAAUUUUUGCAGUAAAAGUUUCAAUCAGAAGGGGGACCUAAGGAGGCAUAUACUGACUCACACAGGAGAGAAACCGUUUAGCUGUGGCGACUGUGGGAAAAGCUUCAGUCAGAAGGGGGACCUAAGGAGGCAUAUACUGACUCACACAGGAGAGAAACCAUUUAGCUGUGGUGACUGUGGGAAAAGCUUCCGUCUCAAGGGGAACCUAACCACUCAUACACUCACUCACAAAGGAGUGAAACAACAUGGCUGUGCAGUCUGUGGUUUAAGAUUCACUCACAAGGCUUAUCUGCUGAAGCAUGUGCAUAAAGUCCACAAAGAAAGAAAACAGGAUGAAAACUGAAAGGAAAGAUAAUUAGGACAAAGACAUCUGUCAGAAGAUGGGAAUUUAAAAAAAACAGGAUGUGUAUAACACUCCUAGGAAAGCAAAGCAACUCUGGAUCAUUCAUGGUCUGUGUUACAGAUAGAUAGAUGUGUGAUUCAUUUACUUUUGUAAAGCCUGUGUAAAUAAAGUUGGAUAUGAUUUGAA